AUGGUGCUGCUGCCUGCGGGAGAACAGAGGUCGCCUAUGAAGGGGAAGAGAAGCCUCCAGACGGUCGUUGAAGAUAUCGGCUUCGGGCCUGCGCAGAUUGUCGCGGGAGUGCUUGGCGGCGGCAUUUGGGUUGCGGAUGGCUCCGAGCUACUCAUCCUCGGCUCCGUAACCCGGGCAGUUUCCGAUGAGUGGAAUCUGAAUGGGUUGCAGCGCGGCCUGGUGGUCUCCAUUGUGUUUGUAGGGAUUCUGCUGGGCAACACCUGCAGUGGGCCGCUUGGCGAUGGAUUGGGCCGCAAGCUGCCCAUUCUGCUGUCCUAUUUGGGCAUCGCGCUGUUCAGUGUUUUGUCAGCAUCGGCCACAGGAUUCUGGUCCAUGUCCGGCGUGCGCAUGUUGGUGGGCUUCGCUUUCGGCCUUGGACAGCCAGCGGCUACGACUUUACUUAAUGAAGUGUCACCAAGAAGGUGGCGCUACAUGCUGAUCGGCCAAGCUAUGGCUUUGUUCUGCUUCGGAGAACUAUAUGCAGCGUGGCUGAUCUGGUUGGAUGACCCGAUGAUGAAAUCAUUGGAUUGGCGUUGGUUAUGCAUGGUGGGAGCAGUUCCCUCAAUUGUGGGCCUGGUUCUCGGAUACUUGUUCCUUGAUGAGUCCCCUUCAUAUCUGGAUGAGAACGGCUAUCGCGAGGAAGCGUUGACAGCCCUCGAGUCAUUGAAGGCUCGCAAUGGCGCGGUUAGCAUCUCAUGCGAAUAUGAGACGGCGGUGGGAGUGGCGCAGACACCCAAGUCAGUGCGGGAUCACGUGGUCACAAUCUUUUCUCCAUCCCUGCUGCUGACUACCAUCACCAUGAUGUACAGCUGCUUCAUGUUGAAUUUGGUGUUCUAUGGAUCCCUGUAUGCCUUCCCCCAAGUGUUCACAGACUCCAACAACUCAUCUCACAGUCCCGCAAUGGUUCUCAUGAUUGGAGCGAUGGUCGAGUGGCCUGGCUUUCUGGGCGCGCCCAUUCUGGAAAAGUUUAUCACCGGCAAGACGAUGAUGCUGUGCAGCUCGUCUUUCUGCGCGAUCUCACUUUUAUCCUUGGUGAUUGGUGCCAACGGACAUGGCACGCUGUAUGGCAUGCUGCUUCAAUUUGGUUUUAUAGGCAUCAAGACGACGAUCAGUAUUCUCUUCGUCACUGCCUACACCUUGGCAUCUUCAGCAUUUCCAACUGCUGCUCGAACCACUGGAACCGCUGCCUGCGUGGCGGCCGGACGUGUUGGAGGUAUCCUGGCUCCUCUGAUGUUUGAACAGCUGCGAUACGCCUUCGGCGGUUGGGAGCCAUUCUUCCUUGUCCUCGCAGGCGGCUACCUCCUCAACUUUUUGGUCGUAUGCCCGCUGAAGCUGGAUGCGGAAGAAGAUGGGGAUGGCGAGAACCUGCCGUUGGUCAGUUCAAAACCGCCGUAG